AUGUUCAAAAGAACUGCGACGGACGAACCUGAAGGGGAUCCACCCGCAAAGUGGACGUCCCGGACGGCAAGUCAACACCCAGCCCCUCCUCUUCCUCCUCCCCCCUCUGCCCCCCCAGCAACACCUGCGUCCGUUCCUGGUCCCGGUCACGCCGUCCACCCUGGUGCUAGCACCGGGUCGAAGAGACGGGCGACCGAGGAUCCAGACGGCGCCAAGUUACCGCACGCGGAGAAUUCGCGUCGGCCGGUCUCUGGGUUUUCCCCACCUCCGGCCUUGACCGAAUUGCGCGACAGGGGCCUGGUAAAGCGGGCUGAAGAGCUCGUGGUGGCCGCCCAAGAUUGUUGGAAGAAGGGGAACACUGUGGCUGUCGCACUGCUAGCAGAUGAGAUUCGGCAGAUGAAGAAGAUGGCCGAUACGCGGACGGAUCUGUCGAAGCCGACGAAGACGAAAGUCCUCGGAGCCUUCAGACAGAUCUUGACUUGGGAGAUCAAUCCAAGGUCCAAGCCAAGAAACUUCGCGGAAGCGGUGAUCAUGGGCAGGGCCGAUGCUGAGGCUCGUGCUAGGCAGCAGGUGGAAGCGGAUGCGAGGGCAGGGCCUUUUGGCCAAGCUCUGGUGGAAACGGAUGCUCAGGCUCAAGCGCGGGCUCGUGAUGCUGAGCUCCAGCGUCAGGCAAUGGAGGAAAUUGAGACCAAUCGUGCUAGGGCACAGGCGGAAGCGGAUGUGCGGGCGAAGGCUGUUGCCCAAGCCCAAGCAGAAGCAGAGGCCAAGGCUCGGGCAUGGGCCCGUGAAAUGGACCUCCAGAAAGAGGCGGCAGCCAAGGCUCAGGCGGCCACUGAGGCUCGUGCUCGCGCACAGGCUGAUAAGGUGCAAUUUGCGCCGAUUACUUCUGCUCCCGGGCCAGCCUCUACCCCCGUCCAGCCACAGCCGCUGAAGGCUCAAUCUCAGAGGGAACAGUCACCGGUACCUGAGCAAGUGAUCUCGUCCGCGCCUCCGACGUUCCUCACCCAGACCGAGCAACAGCAGCAGUUCGAGACGGGUCUGAUGAUCUACGGGGAGCGGCAGGUCCAAGCGCUGCGACGGUACGAAGAGCUGCAGCGGCAGUCGCAACAGCAGCCGGAACCUAGCAGCGCCCCUCUGAUGACGCUGCGGCAGCAACUUCUGCAGGAGUACCAGCUCCAUGAGCGUGAGUACGAGCGUAUUGUCUCUUUUCAAUACGACUACCUGUCAGAGGCACUAGCUGUGGCCAACACGCAGAGCGAGGCCGGCCUGCUGGAGACGUACCAGAGGUUGGUCUUGUGGGCUCAGCAGCAGCCUGAGUUGCUUCGUAUGGGUGGGGUGUCUUUCAUCUGGCUCUGCGAGCAGCGAUGGCAGCAGCUGGAGCAACUGCGACACUAG